CUCCCAGUCAACUUUCUAAAACCUUUAUGUCUCCUUUUGAGGUAAUUAAAAUCGAGUAGACACUGGCCCUAGUCGGUGCCCACUGUCCCUAACUCUCCAUUUAACUAGGUUUGUAGUAGGAGGAAGUGAGGACCCCUGGUCCACCAGCUCAACCCCGGCCCCGGCCCCGUCCCCGCCCCGUUGGCCCUGGUCCAGGGCUGAGAGGAGAGGAUGCCUUCGGAGGCGCAGAAUACGAAAAUAUGGAUCAACUCAUAAACAACUUGGAGGUCCAACUAAAUUCGGAAAGUGGCUCAAUGCAUGUAUUCAGACAGGUCACUGGUCCUGUUCAGAUCACAGAUCCCUCUAAGAUAGCAGACAGACAUAAUAUGACAUCUCCAUCUCUCCUGGAUGCUAAUCCCAUGGAGAACCCAACACUGUUUAAUGACAUCAAGAUUGAGCCCCCAGAAGAACUUCUGGCUAACGAUUUCAACCUGCCUCAGGUGGAACCAGUCGACCUCUCCUUUCACAAGCCCAAGGCUCCUCUCCAGCCUGCUAGCAUGCUGCAAGCUCCAGUACGUCCUCCCAAGCCACAGCCUACUCCCCAGGCCCUUGUAGUGUCCACUUCAACAUCUGACACAGGCACUUCAGCAAAUAUCCCUACGGUUCUGACUCCAGGCUCUAUCCUGGCCUCCUCUCAGGGCACUGGUGGCCAGCAGAUCUUACAUGUGAUUCACACUGUCCCCUCAGUCAAUCUGCCAAAUAAGAUGGGUGGCUUGAAGACUAUCCCAGUGGUAGUGCAGUCGCUGCCCAUGGUGUAUACUACUUUGCCUGCAGAUGGGGGCCCUGCAGCCAUUACAGUCCCACUCAUUGGAGGAGAUGGGAAAAAUGCUGGAUCAGUGAAAAUUGACCCCAUGUCCAUGUAUCCACUGGAGAUCCCAAGUGACAGUGAGGAGAGUGCAAUUGAAAGUGGAUCCUCGGGCUUACAGGGUAUUCAAGGACUACAGCAAGAACCAGCAGCAAUGACACAAAUGCAGGGAGAAGAGUCCCUUGACUUCAAGAGAAGACGGAUUCACCAAUGUGACUUUGCUGGAUGCAGCAAAGUGUACACCAAAAGCUCUCACCUGAAAGCCCACCGCAGAAUCCAUACAGGAGAGAAGCCUUAUAAAUGCACCUGGGAUGGCUGCUCCUGGAAAUUUGCUCGCUCAGAUGAGCUCACCCGCCAUUUCCGCAAGCACACAGGCAUCAAGCCCUUCCGGUGCACAGACUGCAACCGUAGCUUUUCUCGCUCUGACCACCUCUCCCUCCACCGCCGGCGCCAUGAUACCAUGUGAGCGGCACAGACCGUGCUAGAAGAGCUGCACUGGUCUUUUUCCUGUGUGUGUGCUGAAGUCAUGAGGAAACUGUUUGACUUCAGCUUGCCUCUAGGAUGAGAUUGGAGCAGAUCACUGCGCCAGGUUGAUGAGACUAGAGGAAAAGGUAGCUGGUCUCCCAUGGAGGUUCCUCAUCCUCCACCUUCACCUCUCCACUGUCCAGUCCCCAAUUUUUUCAACCUCCACGUGGGUAGAAUUCCAGUGUGGCACUCAUGGUUGCCCCUCCACCCCCAUCUCUACUCUGAGAUAGGACAUCUUCCCAACAAUAACAAAACAGGAAUCAAACUCAAGGCUGUGAACAAACAUACGCUGCUUUUUUUCCUAUUUUUUCUCUUGUUUUCU